AUGGUACUCAUCUAUCUUCUCCUCCUCCCAAUCUCCAUCACCAUCCUCGUCGUCAUCACCGUUUCACGAUUUCUCACCACCUCUGCAGCUUCCAAACACCGCUCACCGCCGCUGCCUCCAGGCCCUAAGCCAUGGCCCAUCAUCGGAAACCUCCCUCACCUCGGCAAGCAAGCUCACAUCUCCCUCCAACGCUUCUCCCAGCUGUACGGCCCUCUCAUCUCCCUCCGCCUCGGCUCCCAGCUCCUCGUCGUCGCCUCUUCCCCGGCGGCCGCCUCCGAAAUCUUGAGAACCCACGACCGCCUCCUCUCCGCCAGAUACGUCCCCACGGUCGUGCCGUACGACACGGUGGAGCUCGACCGCAAGGCGAUCGUUUGGGCUUCCAGCUGCAGCAACGACCAGUGGAAGGCCUUCCGAGCAAUGUUCAGGAACCAGAUCUUCUCGGCCAAGGCCAUCGAAUCUCAGGCCGCCGUCAGGGAGAGGAAGGUCGCCCAGAUGGUGGAAUUCCUCGAGGGGAAACUAGGGGAGCCGGUUAGUAUCGGCCAAGUGGUUUUCGCUGCUAUCUUUGACUCGCUGUCGAAUCUCAUGUUGUCGCGAGAUUGCAUCGGGUUCGAAAGCAGCGAGACGGCGAAUCGAUUGAAGUCGCUGAUUUGGAGGUUCAUGGAAUUGGGGACGUCCCCUAAUCUCGCCGAUUUUUUCCCGGUUCUGAAGAAAUUGGAUCCCCAGGGGCUGAGACGCGAGACGUUGCAACGAGUUGUAGAAUUGUUCAGUGCCGGUACGGAUACUAACACGGCCACAAUAGAAUGGGCGAUGACAGAGCUGAUUCGAAACAAGGGGGCGAUGGAAAAGCUGCGGGAGGAGCUGAUGGCGGAAUUGUCCCCACCGCUACUAGGAAAAUCGCAGAUCGACGAAUCUGCGGCGUGUCGGCUUCCGUACCUAAACGCAAUCGUGAAGGAGACGCUGAGGCUACACCCGCCGGGACCGUUGCUGCUGCCGCACCGAGCAUCGGAGAGUUGCGAGGUGAUGGGCUACACGGUCCCUGAAGGGGCUCAGAUUGUGGUCAACGUGUGGGCGAUUUCGAGGGAUCCGACGGUGUGGGAGGAUGACCCCACGUCGUUUAAGCCGGAGAGGUUCAUUGGGUCGGAGGUGGAUUUUAGAGGGCAGGAUUUUGAGCUGCUGCCGUUCGGCGCUGGGAGGAGGAUGUGCCCCGGAGUGCCAUUGGCCACCAGGCAGAUUCCGUUGGUUCUGGCUGCUUUGGUUCGAAACUUCGAUUGGUGCCUCCCCGACGGAGAAGAUCCGGCAGAGAUGGAUAUGAGUGAGAAGUUUGGGAUCACCUUGCAGAAGGAACAACCUCUGCUUCUUGUUCCCAACGGAAGUUCAUUAUGAAAUCUUCGGUGUUCGUUUGGGAGCUAAGAGUCAUUCGCGUAGUUUAAAAAAAAGGCCAUAUAUGGAUUAAUGACGAGACAAGCUCGUGUGAUUAUGUUUGUAUGUUAUCAACCAUUUGAGUCAUGAAGAUUACCUUAACAUAAAGUUUAUUACGUACAAGAUAAUAACCGAAUUUAAUAUAUUUGAUGAGUUCAUGAAAAGUAUAAU